AUGUCACCCACUGUGUACCUCGUCUCUGGCGCUAACCGUGGAAUUGGCAGGUCGCUUUCUCGUCCCGACGUGAUCGUAUUCGCUGGCACGCGCGACCUCGUGAAGGCUACAGCCUUGCAAACGCUCCAAUCUAAGUUCCCAGGCAGGGUACAUCUCGUCAAGCUUACCUCUGCGAACAAAGAAGAUAACGAAGAAGGCGUCGCCAAGGUGAAGGAGAUUGCUGGUCGGCUAGACGUCGUGAUUGCCAACGCAGGAAUAUCAAAUGCGUUCUAUUCUUCUUUGGAUGUCCCGCUGGACGCUAUGCAAGAGCACUUCAUUGUAAAUGUCCUUGGCCCCCUCGUUCUCUUCCAGGCCUCAUACCCGCUACUCAAAGCCAGCACUUCGAACCCCAAAUUCGUCCCUAUAUCAUCCCUUGCUGCAAGCAUCAAGGUCGGGACUACAAUCCCACUCAACGCUACUGCGUAUGGAACGAGUAAGGCUGCUAUCAACUGGCUGGCAGCCAGGCUCUAUCACGAAUAUCCUGACCUGAUCUCCCUACCAAUUCACCCUGGCACUGUGGACACGGACAUGCUAUCCAAUACCAUUCCACAUGCGCCUGAGCUGAUCGAAAGUUUUCCCAUGCUUACUACGGAAGAGAGCGCUGCUGGGAUUUUGAAGGUGGUGGAUGAGGCGAAGCGAGACGAGAACGGGCCGAGAAUGAUCAGUUACGAUGGAUCCACCCUGCCUUGGUAA